AUGAGGGUGUGGAGAUCGACUGGGAGGGCGAGAGUUACAGUCCAUGAUCUCCAGAUGAUAGUGGACCCAGGGCCUACAUGGCAGCUGGAGGGUCGUUGGAUUUGGCGACUAGGAGUCCACCCACGUAUGACUUUGUUUCUGUGGAGGGUGGCAUGGGGCAUUCUCCCUACCAAAGGGAUCUUGGCUGGGAGGGGGAUCCCGAUACCGGCUGACUGUGAGGGAUGCCCUGGGAAGGAGGAGACCAUCAGUCACGUCCUCUUUAUGUGCCCGCGAGCGCUUCAGGUAUGGGGCCUUGUAUUGACCCACCGGCUGACAUUCACCUCCACUGAGAUCUUUCUGAGCCAGUUGAGGGACUCAGCUCGAAUUUUUGACACGAUGGAUAGGGCAACAGUAUGGGCUUAUGUGGCAUACCAUAUUUGGCUGGACAGGAAUGCGAGGAUCUUCGAGGGAAGGGGGUUUUAUCCGAGAUCAGUGGUUGGUAGAGCUCUUGCACAUGCAGCUGAGUUGGCGAGCGCCGCAGCUGACAUUACACCUGGAGAUGACAGGGACAUCUGA